AUGGAUGAGGCUGAUAAUGAGCGCCUAGGAUGGUCCGGAUUUGUGGAAGCUUGUCAUAAGCGUGCCAACCGACUAGAAGACUGUCCCACCAACGAUAACAAUACCGCGAGAAAUGCUGGUCGACCCAACCGUGCUACUGAGCUUAAGAAGCUUGAGAAAGAGGGUAGCGCCGAGAGUGAAUCGGAGUCAGAAAAUAACUAAGCCUAAGAAAAGUCUCCAUCUUGGGCUCGAUUGAAGUCAGCUUAUGUGGAAUUGAUCUCAGAGAACUGAUUGGACGAGAAAAGGAUAGUUUUACUGUACCUAUUUAAAUAGCCAAGAAUACACAUUCGAUUUCUGCA